AUGAAUUAACCAAAAGCGGAUUUACUAUCUGUCACACCCAGAAUUCUAUCUAGUCGCAAUAGUUAACCUAGUAAUGAAUUAUUUUAAUACUAGAUGAAUAGUUAUUAGAUGAUGCUGCCAGAAAACCUUCAAUUUUAUUCUCAAAAUUAGAUAAAGUUCAGAUUUCAAAUGAACCAAGUGACAGUGUUCAAUCAAAUGAAUCAGAGGAUAAUCCAAGAAAAUUUAUGCAAGGAUUUAAAAAUAAAAUAUGGAAAGAAAGAGCAUUAAAUGUUAUUGUGUUAGUAGCCAGAUUUGUUACUUAUUUAUUGACAAACUCAGACAAAUUUAAAUUGAGAUAUUUAGAAUUAAGAUAAUUCAAAGUUAUAGGUGAUCAAGCGGCAGACUAUAAUUACUAUUUGACCAAGCGAUUAAUUCGAGCUAGAUCAAAAAAACAAUUUUGCGUAAAUAUGGCAAAGUAAUUAUGAGUUUCACGUCAAGAUGUUUAUGAAGAAGCUAUUAAACUUUUUGAAAAGAGUUGGUAUAAGUGUAUAACCUAUAACACCAGAUCAUACAUUAAAAUUACUUUGGGAUCUUUUUGUAUUUACAAUUCUCAUAAUUAAUAUAAUUUAUAUUCCAUUAAAAAUAUCAUUUGAAAUUUAGGAAUAAAGUACUGGAAUAGACUUUUUCUUGGAAACCUUGCCAUAAUAUGUGUUUAUCUGUGAAAUUUUAUUAAAUUUUAAUGUUGCAUAUUAUAGCAGAGGAGUUUUAGUCUUAAAUUAAAUUUAAAUUGUAAAACACUAUUUGAGAGGAAAAUUUAUUACUGAUUUCAUAGUUCUAAUUCCAUUUAUGAUUGGAAGAUCAAAUGUUCCUUACAUUGAAUUUGUAUUAUUAUUUAGAAUUUCAAGAGUAAAAUUAUUUAUAUUAAAUAGAUUAUAUUUAUUUUUGAGAAUCUAGUUGAAACAUUGAACUUAAGAGUAAAUUUUGCAGCUGUAAUAGAUUUAGUUUCAUUGCUAGCCACAUUUUUAUUUGCUUCUCAUUUAAUUGCCUGUGUUUGGCAUUUUAUAGCAGUUUAAGAACAUUUAUUUUCUGAUUCUAGUUUUACAUGGGUAGAUAAAGCUUAAUUAGAAACUGAUUGGUUAAGUAGAUAUAUAACAUCUUUUUAUUGGGCUUGCAUUACAACUUUAACUAUUGGUUAUGGAGAUAUAACACCUGUAUUUAAAUUUCUUAUAUUAAGGUAACUUAAAUUGAAAAGUUGUUUGUUAUCUUAGUAACAUUAUUAAGUUCAAUAAUAUUUGGAUAUACAAUUUCAAGUAUUGGAGCUAUUUUUGCUUAGAUGUCAGAAAAUAAAAAUUAUUUAAGGGAUAAAAUGACAAUGAUAGAUUCUUUUAUAAAAAGAAGAGGAUUAAAUAAAGAUCUUUAAAUUAAAGUUAAAAAAUUUUUUGAAUAUUAUUUAAAAACUUUAAAAAACACUGAUUCUGAAUGUGAAAAAUUAAUGGAGCAUUUAUCUGGAACUUUAAUUAGGGAAGUUAAAAUAGAUUUUUAUUAGUCUUUAUUUAAUUAAUCAAAAUUGUUUAGAUAAAAUUUUUCGGAUGAUUUUAUUGCCAAUCUUUGUUUUCUUGUUAAAGAAUAGAGUUUUGUACCAGAAGAAGUUAUUUUUUAAGAAGGUUAGUAAGUAGAUAAAUUAUAUUUUAUAUUAAAAGGAGAAGUGGAAGCUUAUAUAAGAAAUAAUAAAUUAGUGAAAAUUUAUAAAAGAAAGCAAGCAAUUGAUGAAAAAGGUUUUAUUUCAUAAAAUUGUGCUUAAUUUACAUCAAGGGCUAUUAAAUUUUCUAAAUUGGCAUAUAUAUCUUUUGAAGAUUUCUAAAGUUUAUUAAAAUAAAAUAAAGAAGAUUUAGAAAAAUAUUAUAGAAUAAAACAUUAAAUUUAAUUUGGUGGAAGAAUUAAAUUUAGUGGAUGUGAACUUUGUUUUCAGAAUCAUAGUUUUACAAAAUGUCCAUUUGUAUUUUAUACACCAAAUAGUAUAACAUUAUUUAAAAAGAAAUCAAAUAUUGAUAUUUAGAAAAGAUUAUUUCUUUAAAGACAAAAUACAUAAAAACUACAAAUAAAUAAAUCAUUAUUAAAUUUAAGAUAAUUUUAAAGGAAUAUUUUAGAAUAUGGUAAUUAGAACUACUUAUAUGCUGAUUUACUUCCAGAUAGUGAAUUUUUUUCUGUAAAUCGUGUAGAUGAAAUGAAUUUAGGAGGAGAUGGAUAAUCUUAAUCAGAAGAUUAAGAAUCAUCAAAUUCUCCUGAUAAUUCUGGAACUUAAUUAAAGCAUUAAUUAUCAUCUUAAUCUUAAAAGGUAAAUACGAUGAAGCAUUCAUUAUAAAAAGUUACUAAUAAAAUAUUAUAAGAACCUGGUAUAUCUUAAAUGAGAAUAAAGAUUUCAAGGGGGACUAAAAAACAGACAAUAAAUGUUUAAAGUUAGAAAAUUGUUAAUGAAUAAGAAGAUUUAAAAGAUACAAAUUAAGAUAGUAAAUUAAAUUUAAGUAGAUAAAAUAGUAAGUAAGUUUAAGAAACACCUCCACCAUCAUCUAGAUUUAUUUAACUUGAACCUUCAUAAAUUAAAUUAAUUGAAUUAGAGAUUGCUAGAGAGAUUUUCAAUAAACAUGAAUUUUAGAUAGAUAUGCAUUAAGAUUUUGAAUAUUAUGAUUCUUAAUUUAAUUUGGCUACAAUUAUUAAAGAUUUAUUUACAAAUAAAAGAAAAAGAAUGUUAUUUCAAAUUAAUAGAAAGCGGUAGAAAAAAUAAUUGUAUUGUCUACCAAAUAAAAAAUUACCAAGCUAAAAUAAUAUUAAUAGUAGCGUUUAUAAUGUUGAUAAUGUGGAUAAUUGA